GUGCGUGUAGCCGCGAGAAUCGGCGGCGGGGCGUGCGARCUUGGUUUGGGGCCUUUUCGCCUCCGGCCCGAGGCAUCGGGGGCUGGGGGUUCUUGUCCCCGCGCCCCUCGCCGGCCUCGGGCGCCGGCCUCGGGCGCCAGCCCACUACCGAGCAGCCGCCGCCGCCACCAUCAUGCUGCUGCCCGUGUUCACCCUGAAACUACGCCACAAAAUCAGCCCCCGCAUGGUGGCUAUAGGGCGCUACGACGGGACUCACCCGUGCCUGGCGGCCGCCACCCAAGCGGGCAAGGUUUUUAUUCACAAUCCUCAUACACGGAGCCAGCAUUUCAGUGCAUCCAGAGUCCUCCAGAGCCCCCUGGAGUCUGAUGUUUCUCUUCUCAACAUUAACCAGGCGGUCAGCUGCCUGACUGCAGGAAAGCUGAACCCUGAGCUUGGCUGCGAUGUCCUUUUGGUGGGGACACAGACGAAUCUUUUGGCUUAUGAUGUCUAUAAUAAUUCAGAUUUGUUCUACAAAGAGGUAGCAGAUGGGGCAAAUGCCAUUGUAYUGGGGACAUUGGGAGAUAUUUCCACUCCUCUUGCCAUUAUUGGUGGAAAUUGUGCCCUGCAGGGUUUUGACCAUGAAGGAAAUGAUCUCUUUUGGACGGUUACUGGAGACAAUGUUCAUUCCUUGGCCUUGUGUGACUUUGAUGGUGAUGGAAAGAAAGAGCUUCUUGUUGGAUCUGAGGAUUUUGAUAUCCGAGUUUUUAAAGAAGAUGAGAUUGUGGCAGAAAUGACAGAAACAGAGAUAAUCACCUCUCUGUGUCCCAUGUAUGGCAGUCGAUUUGGUUAUGCCCUUUCCAAUGGCACAGUUGGAGUUUAUGACAAAACAGCUCGAUACUGGAGAAUAAAAUCCAAAAAUCAUGCCAUGAGUAUUCAUGCCUUUGACCUUAAUUCUGAUGGAGUGUGUGAACUGAUAACCGGUUGGUCCAAUGGGAAGGUUGAUGCUCGAAGUGACCGAACUGGGGAGGUCAUCUUUAAAGACAACUUCUCUUCUGCCAUUGCUAGUGUGGUCGAGGCGGAUUACCGGAUGGAUGGCCACGUACAGUUAAUCUGCUGCUCAGUGGAAGGGGAAAUCCGGGGCUACCUGCCAGGCACCACUGAGAUGAGGGGAAACCUCAUGGACACCAGUGUGGAGCAGGACCUGAUCCGAGAGCUGAGUCAAAAAAAGCAGAAUCUGUUGCUAGAACUCCGUAACUACGAGGAAAACGCCAAGGCUGAACUGAGCAGUCCACUGAAUGAGGGCGAUGGGCAAAGAGGCAUAAUCCCAGCCAACACCAAGCUCCACACUGCGCUCUCCGUCAAGCUGGGGACUGAGAAGCAAGCUGCUCACGUGGAGUUGUGCAUCUCCACUUCCAAUGACACUAUCAUCCGGGCAGUGUUGAUUUUUGCCGAGGGAAUUUUUGUAGGUGAAAGCCACGUGGUACAUCCCAGCGUUCACAACCUUUCCAGCUCCAUCCGUGUCCCGGUUUCACCUCCCAAGGAUGUCCCGGUGGAUCUGCACUUGAAAACCUUUGUGGGUUACAGAAGCAGCACCCAGUUCCAUGUAUUUGAAUUGACAAGACAGCUCCCCCGAUUCUCUAUGUACGCACUGACCAGCCCACACAACGCCAGUGAACCCGUCAGCUAUGUUAACUUUAUCAUUGCCGAACGGGCACAGAGGAUUGCUAUAUGGCUCAACCAGAACUUUCUGUUACCAGAAGACACYAACAUUCAGAAUGCUCCAUUUCAAGUAUGUUUCACAUCAUUACGAAAUGGCGGCCAUCUCUACAUAAAAAUAAAACMUAGUGGAGAGAUCACAGUAAAUACUGAUGAUAUUGACUUGGCUGGUGAUAUUAUCCAGUCGAUGGCUUCAUUUUUUGCUGUUGAAGACCUUCAGGUAGAAGCAGAUUUUCCUGUCUACUUUGAAGAGUUACGAAAGGUGCUGGUUAAGGUGGAUGAGUAUCAUUCAGUGCACCAGAAGCUCAGUGCUGACAUGGCUGAUAAUUCCAAUCUGAUCCGAAGUUUGCUGGUCCAAGCUGAGGAUGCUCGUCUGAUGAGGAACAUGAAAACAAUGAAGAAUCGCUAUAUGGAACUCUAUGAUCUUAAUAAAGACUUGCUAAAUGGAUAUAAAAUUCGCUGUAACAAUCACACUGAACUAUUAGGAAAUCUUAAAGCAGUAAAUCAAGCAAUUCAAAGAGCUGGGCGUCUGCGUGUUGGAAAACCGAAGAACCAGGUGAUCUCUGCUUGUCGGGAUGCUAUUCGAAGCAACAAUAUCAACACCCUGUUCAGAAUCAUGCGGGUGGGGACAGCUCCUUCAUAGAGAGGAGGAAAUAGGGAAUAAGUUUCUGGACAGAAGGUUUUCCCUAACACUCUAGGUGGGUAUGCUUUGGGUCACAUCCUGGUGAACCAGGGUGCUAAGGAUGUAAAACAGCCUUGGUGAGCUAUACAGGCUAAAGACAAGGCACUGCAUCUGA